CUAGACUCCCGCCCGUAUUCCCCAGUUAUGAUAUAUCAGAUAUCCAGCAUAGACCAAGGAAGAAAUACGGAUUCAUAGUACUUCCCCAUACAUUUAUGCUGAUUAUGUAGCUUGCCGAGUGGCACACGAUCCGAGGCUGGUUCUUUCCCGCUUUGUAAAAAAGCUACUAGGUAGGUAUGACAUCGCCAGCCUGCAUGAACAGGCGGGAGGAAGCAUGAUGGCAGUUUACCAAUGUCCUGAGAGAUACUAGAUUUCCGGAAUUCGUUCCUUCCCACCCUUCUACCUCUCGUCCUCGUCACCUUGGCCAUCUUAUCUUUAGCAACAUGGCGAAACAAUUCUUUGCUAACGUGAAAUCGGUUAUGAGCGGUGACACCUUGGUGUUGACUAGCCAGAACAACCCGAACGCAGAGCGAGUUUUCUCCCUGGCCUAUGUCACCGGCCCGCAUCUCAGAAGAGAGGGCGAUGAACCGUUUGCUUUUCAGUCUCGGGAUUAUCUAAGGCAGCUAGUGGUUGGAAAGGCUGUUCAAUGCACUAUUCUCUACACCAUCCCUACGUCUGGCCGAGAUUAUGGUGUUGCUCAGCUCAAAGAUGGAACCCAACUACCGGACGAUCUGGUAAAAUCUGGCUGGUUGAAAGUCAGAGAGGAUGCAGGCCGGAAGGAAGAAUCCGAAGAAAUCCUCCAACGUCUUGAAACUCUUCGCUCGCUAGAGGCAGAAGCUAAGAGCGAAGGAAAAGGGCUUUGGGAAGGCAUUGGCGGUAUCAUCGAAGUUCAGAACGACAUAAGCGCCCUCGAUGUCAAUGAAUGGAAGGGCAAGGCGGUAGACGCGGUCGUCGAGCGUGUCCUGAGCGGUGACCGACUACUUAUGCGCCUGAAGUUGUCUGACAAGAAGCACUUGCAGGUUAUGACUCUUGUUGCUGGCAUUCGCACACCGACCACGGAGAGAGUCAAUCAGUCUACUGGCCAGACACAACCUGCUGAGGAAUUCGGAAACGAAGCAAGGCAAUUUGUCGAACAGAGGUUACUUCAACGUGAUGUCAAGGCCGAAAUAGUUGGUACUAGCCCACAAGGACAGCUCAUCGCUGCUAUUUUACAUCCUCGCGGAAGCAUUGCGGAGUUCUUGCUCGCUGAUGGCUUGGCAAGGUGCAACGACUUUCACUCUACUCUUCUCGGGCAGAAGAUGGCCGCUCUGAGGGCUGCUGAGAAGAAGGCUCAGGGUGCUAAAUUACGCCUGCACAAAGAUCAUGUGGCGAAGGCCGAAGGUGGCAGCUCAUCCGACAUGAUUGUCUCCAAGAUCCAAGGAGCAGAUGCGAUAUUUGUUCGGACUAAGAAUGGCACCGAAAAACGGAUUAAUCUCAGCAGUGUCCGAGGGCCUAGGACUAACGAGCCCUCCGAAGCCCCUUUCAGAGAGGAUGCAAAGGAAUAUCUCCGAAAGAAGCUUAUUGGAAAACAUGUGAAAGUUUCUAUUGACGGACACCGACCUGCUAGCGAUGAUUUCGAAGCCCGCGACGUUGCCACUGUGACCGAAAAGGGUAAGAACAUCAAUCUACUACUAGUCCAAGAUGGCUGGUGUUCCGUGAUUCGGCAUCGCAAAGACGACACUGACAGAGCCCCGAACUAUGAUGAGUUGCUUGCGGCCCAGGAAAAGGCGAGGGACGAGAAGAAGGGUAUGUGGUCUGGAAAGCCAUCGAAAGCUAGAACGUACGUCGAUGUUUCCGAAUCGGUGCAGAAAGCCAAGAUUCAACUUUCUACCCUUUCACGCCAGAAGAAGGUGCCCGCGAUCGUCGAUUUUUGCAAGGCUGGUUCUCGAUUUACUGUCCUGAUUCCCCGAGAAGGAGUUAAGCUCACCAUGGUCCUUGCUGGCGUUCGUGCACCUCGAGCACCUCGAUUACCUCAAGAAAAGGGAGAACCUUUCGGACAAGAAGCGCUCGAUCUUGCCAACCGCCGAUGUAACCAGCGUGAUUGUGAGAUUGAUGUCCACGAUAUUGACAAAGUUGGUGGAUUCAUUGGAGAUCUCUACAUCAAUCGUGAAAGCUUCGCCAAGAUCCUUGUCGAAGAAGGUCUCGCAUCCGUCCACCAAUACUCAGCAGAGAAGGCAGGCAAUGCUACAGAGCUUUUGGCCGCUGAGAAGCGAGCCAAGGAAGGGCGAAAAGGCAUGUGGCACGACUGGGACCCGUCACAAGACGAAGAGGCUGAAGAAGAGGUUGUUGACGUGGAACCCUCGAAGGAUGCUUCCCCUACGGACAAGAAGGCUGCUGAUUACCGAGAGGUCGUCGUCACGAAUAUCGACUCGAAUGGAAGACUCAAGAUUCAGGAGGUUGGUAAGGGCACCUCUGCUUUAGAGAUUCUGAUGAACGAGUUCAAGAAAUUCCACCUCGACUCUAAGAACAACAAGCCUCUCGCCAGCCCCCCGAAGACGGGUGAAUUCGUAGCGGCAAAGUUCUCUGCUGAUGGCCAAUGGUAUCGCGCGCGAGUCCGAUCGAACGAUAGGGCAGCUAAGAUCGCUGAAGUUCUUUACAUUGAUUACGGUAACAGUGAGAAGAUCUCAUGGUCCAGCCUGCGAGCUUUAGACCAGCCGCAGUUCACAACGCAGAAGCUUAAGGGCCAAGCUACAGACGCCGUGCUCUCUUUCAUCCAACUCCCCACCGCCCCUGACUAUUUCAACGACGCGCUAAAUUACAUUGCCGAGAUCACGGAUGGUAGGUCGCUGGUGGCCAGCUUUGACUUCGUGGACUCGAAGGAGGGCUUGAGCUACAUCACCCUUUUCGACGAGAAGAAAUCGGGCAGCACAUUCGUUGAUUCUAUUAACAAGGAUGUCGUGGCUAAUGGCCAUGCCUUGGUACCCAAAAAAUUGAAGACAUGGGAGCGUGGACGAGCCUCGGAAGAGGUGCUCAAGAAGUUGCGCGAGGUGGAAACCCAGGCUAAGGCCGACCGCUUGGGUAUGUGGGAGUACGGCGAUAUUACUGAGGACUAAACAACCUCAGUCUAGCUCAUUACACCCCCCUUACAAGCAAGUUCUGUUUUAUAACAUGUUGUCUGAGAUUAUGUUGGCAUAUUUUCGCAUUACAUUGGGAAGACAAAAAAGCUGCAUCGUGGUUUGCGAAAUCACUUUAGAUAGGUACACAAC